AUGGCUGCUAUGGCGAUGCGCGGAUCGCCUGACAUGGCAAACGGCAGCUCCAACCCCCACAUUGCCAACGGAGCGCAAAGAGCUUCAGGAGGGCGCAAUCGCAAAAAGGCCCCUUCUGCGGAAAGCUAUGAGCACGAAGAAUAUGAUGACCCGAAGACACCACACAGAAGGGAUGACCAUUCGCCAGGGCGGCUGGACAGGUCUUUCUCGGCCAGAGCCCGAAAUCAGCCCGAGGGAAACCUGAACUACACAACCCGCAAACCAGUCCCUUCUUCGACUGAAGAAUUAUCAGAGUCUACCACCCCACGAGGCCUUCCAGCAAAGCACUAUUCCCCAGAACCUAGUGCAGGCAUGCCUGAAAUCCAUGUCCAGUCACCACCGCCUGCACCGACUGUGUCGUCGCCCCCGACGCGGUCCAACACCACACGCUCGGCUUCCGCUAGUAACGCGCGGCGAGAUUGGGCGCCGGAACGAUCGCCUCUCCAGAAGUUGGAGGUGACUCUGACUGGAAUCAGCAAGGAAGAGAAGCGGGCAAGAGUACAGCAGGCGGAAAUCAAAGCCCGAGAGCGAAUUGCGCGCAAGAAAGCAGAACAAGAAAAAGCCGAAUUGAUGGCAGCGGUGGCUCGUGAAGCAUCAGCACAGCGCGCGCAGCCAGAAACUCAACCAUCUGCCGGCGCAGCCAGAAGGAAUGAGCAGAGAGAUAUUCCAGUUGGGAAUGGCAUGCGAAAUGGACAUGCAGCUGCGCCACCACAGCAGCGAAGACCAGAAAGCACAGCUGUGCGUCACAACAGGACAAAUUCAACAAAUCCUCAGUAUCCAUCUAUCCGCCGCCCCGAGGAUCCCGGAUAUACAACUGCAGAAGCCGCUAUCCCAUCAUCAGCUAAAAUAGGCAAUGUGCCUAGACGAUCAGUCACAGUGAGCGGCCCUGCCGCAAAACAAGCGCGUCCCAACAAUAUCACCCACAGUCGCUCGAUGUCUCAAGCAGGUCCUCAGCCCAUGCAGCCUUCUCCUGCCCUAAGAGCAGAGACAACAAACGAACUUUUAACAGCACCCCAUGCGCCUCAGGAUAGUGCCGAGUCGCAGGUCAAGCCCAAGAAACAGUCCGUGUCAUUUAAUGUUCCACCACCUACUCCCCCACCAAUCUUCGAGUGGAGGAAUGCACAUCCUGCUCGACUUGGGGCCCCUGACUUCGAUUUCCAGAAUAUUGAUAUGGACCGCAGCAAAGCGUGGUGGGAGGGCGGUGGAAACAAAGAUCGCAGAAAGAGCAGGGCUCUUCCUAAUAACUACAAGUCUCCUGCUCAGAAGUUGACAGGAGUGACUGACCACAAGAGCUUCCAACCCAGCCUUUUCUUGCGAUGUGGGCCUUUGCUACGAUACACAGGCAUCAAGCGGGUCCAGGUUGAUGGGGCCAGCGGCCCCAUUUACAAAGAUAUAUGGCGAGGCUCUAUCAUGAUAGUAACUAAAGAUUCUCGCUCCUCGUACGAUACUCCACCCACUCUGAGAUUAUUCUCUCAGCCGAUGGAUCUUUUUCCUCCCCCGCCUGUGGAGAUCAGUCAUGAAGAUGGGGUGCAAUUGGCUCCUGAAUAUGUCGACCCAACGGCCGGGCUCAUGAAGGUUGGCCGUGAUGGGCGGCCCCUUUACGUGAAGCCAGUAGAACAUGUCGAGGAGCAAGUCGACGUAUCAUUUGUCGAGAAUGACGAUGGCAUCUAUGAGCUCUCGCCUAGUAUGGUCGACUAUACCAGCGAAGGUAUCAAACAGCCUAUGCCUUCCAAUCGGAUGCAUGCUGUCGACGGCGAGACGGCGGGUCUGCAUCGAGACAUCCCAGGAUCCCGUCUGUACGCCGAUGCGGCAAGAGACGUAACAUUCUGGCGAUUCAACCUAGAGGUUGAACUCAGCACAACACAACAGCGAAUCGCCUAUCGGAUCAACCAGGGACCUGCCUUGGGAUUCUGGGUGCCCCCUGUUGGAGAACCCAUGAACAUAAUGUUCCAGAGUGGUAACGGGUUCAGCCCCUCUGUGGACUCGGAUCGACUCUGUGGGCCCGACCCGCUUUGGCGAGAUAUUCUGAACGAACAUCAAACUCGUCCGUUCCAUGUGAUGAUCGGUGGAGGUGAUCAGAUCUUCAAUGACUCGGUCAUCACAGAGUCAAUGUACUUCCAAGAAUGGAUUAAGAUCAAAAACCCCGCCGAUAGAUAUGGGACACCAUUUACGCCUGAGUUCCGUGCUGAAUUGGAGCAGUUCUACCUCGAGCGCUAUGCUGCGUGGUUCUCCCAGGGCCUCUUCUCGUUGGCGAAUUCUCAGAUUCCCACGAUCAAUAUUUGGAACGAUCAUGAGAUCUUCGAAGGCUUUGGCUCUUACCACAAUGAUUUCAUGCAGAGUUCUGUUAUCUCCGGAAUUGGGAAGAUUGCUUUCAAGUAUUACAUGCUGUUCCAGCACCACAGUGUCUCCGACGAAACCGAGACCGAUGAACCUAGCUGGCUCCUUGGUGCUCAUCCCGGUCCAUAUAUUGAGCAAAAAAGCCGAAACGUGUUUAUGUCUCUUGGCCGAGGAAUUUCAUUCUUGGGUCUUGACUGUCGCACUGAGCGACGGAGUAAUGAGGUGCUCAGCGAAGAAACGUGUGACCUAUUGUGGGAUCGCUGCCACAGGGAGAUCAUGAAAGGAGAGACAAAGCAUUUGAUCGUUCUUUCAAGUGUCCCUGUUGCUUACCCCCGAGUGGCAAUGCUCCGCAAUUUUAUGAACAGCCGCAAGUCCCUUGGCAAGGCUGGAGUACUUGGUGGGCUUGUAAAUCGAUCUGGCGGAAACGUGGAGGUCUUUGACGACCACUGGGCUGGCAAGCACCUCAAGUCCGAGCGCACAUGGUUGGUUGAAGAUCUUCAGGAUCUGGCCGCAGAGAAGUCGGUCCGGAUCACAAUACUCAGUGGUGAUGUCCACCUCGCGGCAAUUGGGCAGUUCUAUUCAAAUCCCAAAUUGAAUAUUGCCAAGGACCAGGACUAUCGAUACAUGCCAAAUGUCAUCUCGUCGGCUAUUGCAGACAUUCCGGAGACCGAUCUCAUUGCAGAUAUGCUCAACAAGCGGAACACGGUCCACCACAUGGACUCGAACACAGACGAAGAUGUCAUCCCAAUCUUUGCUCAGGAUGUGAAUGGCAAGGCUCGAAACAACAAACGAUUACUACCUCGCCGAAACUGGUGUUCGAUCCGUGAGUAUAAGCCCGGAUCUACCCCACUUUGCACACCUGAGUCGGAGAUAGAGACUCCAGAACCUCGGCCAAAGAAGCUGCAGCGAACGUUGUCGCUGGGUCGGGGAGAUAAGGGAUCUACGGGGAAGCCUGGUAUUCUCAGGCGCCUUUCAACCCGAGGGCCACCUCCUACGAGGACCAUGAGUUUCAAUCGAGGCGACGAGGCCGCUUUCAAUCGACGUGCAAGCUUUGAUGGCCCCACUCAGCCCCAUGAAAAUGGGGACAGCUAUUUCCCAGGGACCGGGGCCGGGGCACCUCCACGACCUGGCAACUUCCACCGGCGACCAACGAAUCUUAGUCAAAAAGCGGGAAAGAAAGCCGCCAAGCAGGGCGAGGACGGCGCAGGCGCCUACAUCAACCUUGAAGACGGGCUCGCCAUCACUUUGAACCUAGAGAUCAGCCCACAAGACCCAUCGGGUGUCACCACACCCUACAAAAUGCUCGUUCCAGCACUGUACUACAACGGGACUGAGUAUGACCCGCCUCCAGCGCAAAUUGUCAAGGGCUGGAGAAAGUUCCUGCCUCGCCGCAAAAAGAACGAGGGCGAAGCAGAUGCACGACCCGAAGCAGAAGAUGAUUACAGUGAUGAUGACGAUCAAGACGAUUACGAGGACCAUGACCUUAUCAAUAAUACCCGCGCCAACGCCGCCACUAGCCAACAACAUCAACCACAGUACGAGGGAUAUCCUGGGAGUGAGGAGGAUGAAGAUUCUGAGGGCGAGGUUCCUCAACGUCUGCCACCGCAAAUGAUGGCUGAACACUCUCCCAGUCCUGAGGAAGAUAGCCGUCCCCGAAAGAAGAAGUGGUUCGGUGUAAUCUAA